AAACAGCCAGAAACCAAACAUGAUUAUAUUCAUCUCUGUCUGAAAGAUAAGUGAACAACUAUUCUAACAAGCAAACACACCUUUACUUUUUCCCAAUUAAUGUGGAGGGUUGUUUAACAAAUUUAGAGCACUGCAGAUGCAUGCCAUGGGAUGUUAAUGUGCCUUAAAUUUUGGGACCCCUACAGCUAGAGAGUCAUUGCUGGAUGAUAAUAUGCUCAAAAUUCAAAUGCAAGUUUUCAAAUUGAUUAUUUCCCGGCACUUCUCGUAAUUUCCUUUGUCCACUAGUCAAGCAAGGUUUUCUUUCUCAUGAUGAAUUAAAUCACUGGAAUUCAACAAUCAUUCAUCAGAACUGCACGAGUGUCAAAGUAGAGAUGUUCAUGUUAGCCAAAGCUUUCACAGACAGAGACAUCAUGUGUAGGAAAAAAGUGUACAUUUGACUAACAAUAUAGCUGGAAUAUUGAAAGAAAAUAUUGGUAGACAAAUAGAAAGGGCAUAUUUAAAUUUCUUGUUUAUGUUUAGUUAACCAGAGAUGUUACAAAUACAACAUUGUUUAAGAGAGAGGAAACUGCCCAUGUUCUGUCCUACAGUUUAGUAAUGAAAUCUGUUCCUGUUUUGGAAUUUGAUCAUAAUACUCUGCAAUUACAUUAAGGAUGUUUUAAAGCAGUUGGAAUGGUUGAUAUACCUUUCCAUGGUCUCUGAGCAAAAAGAGCGAAAUGAAGAAGUUGGUCAGUAUACAGAGUUGGUGAGAGACUUUUUAAACCCUAAAGACUUCUACAAUGCCUUGUGUAGUCAUGGCAUGGACUACUUCUGUGGUGUUCCAGACUCUUUACUAAAGGAUUUUUGUGCAUAUGUAACAUCAGUGACGCCAAAGUCACGACAUGUUAUAACAGCCAAUGAAGGACAAGCCAUUGCUCUAGCAGCUGGUUAUCAUAUGGCUACAGGCAGGGCUGGAGUUGUGUAUCUCCAGAACUCUGGAUUGGGUAAUAUUGUCAAUCCUCUAAUGUCAUUGGCUGUGCCAAGUGUGUACAGCAUACCUAUGUUGCUGUUAGUUGGAUGGAGAGGAGAGCCUGGAAAGAGAGAUGAACCACAACACAUGAUACAGGGGCAGGCUACACCUGGAAUUCUUGCAUCAUGUGGAAUUGCUUUUCAAGUAUUGCCUGAUUACCAAGAAGGAGCUGAACAGGCCUUGUAUGUGGCUAGAAAGCAUAUGGAAACAUCAAAAGGACCGUACUGUCUGUUGGUGAGAAGACAGAACUUCUUGCCAUUCAAACUGGAAAAAGAACCAGAAAUGUUUCCAUUAAACAGAGACGGAGCCUUAAAAUCUGUUAUUGAUUCUCUUAAAGACCGCGAUGUGGUUGUAGGCACAACUGGAAUGUUGUCGCGUGAACUAUUUGAACACCGUGUGGCCAGAGGUCAGGGUCAUGAAAAGGAUUUCUUGACAGUUGGAUCCAUGGGUCAUGCCUCAGCCAUUGCACUUGGUAUCGCUCAGUUUAGACCAAAACGACAGAUUUUCUGUUUGGAUGGUGAUGGAGCUGUCCUCAUGCACAUGGGAGCCCUUGCUACAAUUGGACAAUCUGAAGUACCCAACUUUAAACACAUCCUGAUAAACAAUGGCUGCCAUGACUCAGUUGGAGGUCAGCCGACCAGUGGCUUAAGUGACUCAUUUGAUUUUCUAACCAUAGCCCAGGCUUGUGGGUAUAAAACGGUAAUGAGGGCAACUCAACCAGAAGAAAUAUCGGAAGCUGUCACACACAUGAGAUCCCUUGAAGGCCCAGUUCUCCUAGAAAUCAGAACAAACAAAGGAGGAAGAAAGGAUCUGGGACGGCCAACAAGAACACCAAUUCAGAACAAGAAAGACUUCAUGCAUUUCUUGGCUAUUGAUCAUUAAUUUAGCUAGAUUACAAUAGUAUUAUUGAUAGGGAAGCUAUAGUAGGAGGAGGGUUGAACAGGCAACAUAGCUCACUUUUCUGUCCGAGUCUUGAGAGGCAGAAUUGUGAAAAGGAACAACAAAGUUGGAAGCCUUGUGUUUUUUAUAGCUCUGUUGUCCCACUCAUCAAGUUUCUAAAAACCAGAAGCCAUGAAGGCUGAGGGUUGAGUAAAGUGAGCUAACGGAUGCUCUUUGUCUGUGUGGGAAUGGUAAUGGUAAUAAUUAUACUUAUUUCCAUGCAAAUAAGUUAUUGGUGAAUUUUCAGUCAACAAACUAAAGGGCCUGGUGGUGAAUCUUGUUUUAAUUUCCAUCUUAAAGGCCCCUUAAUUAUUUGAAAGUGGUGAGCAGCUCACUGGAAUUAUGUGGUUCUUGAAGGAACCAUAGCUAUGUGUACUUCCUGGAAGGAAACCCAAGGGGGAGGGAGGUUAAAAGAAAAAAAAAUAGGGGAAGAGGAAAAUUUGAAAUUCUAUGGGUUGGGAAAUCAGGAAAACACACUGUGGAGGGUGGAAUCGUAUGAAUAUUAGGAACAGUUUGGAUGUUUACUGAGGAAUAUGUAGGUGUAGCAUUCUUAAAAUAGGAUUAAUUGGCAUUUUUUUCUUUUUCUUUAUUUGAAAGAAAUAUCUGCAUGUGUUUCAUGUAAAAUAGAAAUUCAUUUUUAUUUUAGAAUAAAAAUGAUUGAAACACUCUGAAACAAGGAGAUGUACAACCGUGCUCACUAGAAACUAGCUGUCUAGUCAGGGAACCUCUGAUGUUUAUUUAAACAAAUCCUCUACAAAUACAAUUUGCAUUUUUCCCAAACCUGAAAACUUGUGACUGAUUAUUCAUACUACUUUUAACCCUUGCACUUCCAUGAGUGAUCAAGACAAAAUUAAUUUCUCUUUACAAUACUAAUAAAAUAUCAAGAAGACAAGAGAUGAGAGUAACAAAAAUGAUCAACCAGUGGAUUAUUAGUUGAUCAGAUACAAAGUUCUCUAAAGAAACAUCAGAAGAAUUGUAUCACAGACAAUAGGGAGAAUUACUAAUGAGAUCUCGGGAGUGAAAGGGUUAAGUUCAAGGUAAGUGCGCUUAAUUUGUACCGCAUGUAGCUAGCAACUGUAGCAGGAAAAGGAAUAUAUAUAUUUUUUUCAAAUUGAUAGUCAUUAGAUGCUAAACUUAAAGAGCACGAACUAAAGAUCUGAAACAUCUAACUGAAAUACAAUUGAAGUAUUUUAUAAAAAUAAAGUAGAUUAAUGCAUGUUCAAUUUAUGGAUAUGAAUGUUUUGUGCAGUCUAAAAUUUUCUAUCCAAUGAUGGGAAAUAGGAACACUUGUGUCGAUUAUCAAAACACUAGAUAGAGAAUUACAUUAUAAAUUUUGUGUGGAACUAUUUUAGAAUUAUAUGAUUGUAUUUAACAAGGACACCUUAUUGUCUACAGAUGUAUUCAAGAAUAAUUUUUUUCAUGUACGAGGGUAAUAAAAUAUCAGUCUAAGAAGUUA